UCUUUAUGGAAUGCUCAACUGAGAUGAACUUGUAGGUGCAGAGGUUCUGCGAUUAAUUAGCAUACUUAGUAGCUAUUGAUGUUGCUGGAUGAUUUGAAUAGAUAGAGAGAUUGCUAGUAUUUGAGAGAAAGUCGAAGAGUUUGUGUUUUUUAUUCUCUGAGGCUUUCGUGAAAUGCCUCAUCGAGCGACAUACUUCUUCCCGAGGCAAUUUCCUGUUGAAGGAUAUGAUCCUGCUGCGUCCAAGCAGCUCCUUCCAGAUCAUGAUAAGAAGAUUCCGCAACCGGGCGUCAACGCCAAAACUGACCAAGAAACGUCCAAGAAUGUGAAGGAGGCUUCGAUUGGAAAGAAUCAAACUGCAUCGGAUCUCUUCACGGGUAAAAAGCUUAGUUUUGGGAAGCAGUUUUUGGCUUUAGGUGAUCGGUUUUUGGAUAGGAAAGGGUCAGAUAGAUUGAUUCCCGUCAACUCGAGAUCGGAGGAUGAUGACAGCGGGCCGUUGCUUGAGCCAGAUCAGCCUCUUGAGUUGAUUGUUAACCGUGACCGGAUUCUUGGCCGGCAAGCUUCGUCUUGUAGGUUGUCAAGUGAGAGUAGCUACGCAGGAAGCCUACUUUCGGGGACGACGACGGUGGAUGAGAAUGUGUCGACCGAUGCUAAGGAAUCGCAUCAGUCGACAACGCGAGAAGAGGACGACGGAAGCAAGGAAGGCUUGGCGCAGAAGUCACGGGAUAGUUACUACCUACAGCUUACGCUUGCAGUUCGUCUGACCUCUCAAGCUUGUCUGGCUGAUGAACCGGAUUUCAUUCGAGAGAGUCCAUUUGAAGGCCGUGGUAGUUCUUCUGAUGUUGAAAUGGUUUCCCAUCGCCUCUGGGUGAGUGGAUGCUUAUCAUACUCGGACAAGAUUUCGGAUGGUUUUUAUAACAUUAUGGGGAUGAAUCCGUACCUGUGGAUGAUGUGUAAUGAUAUGGAGGAAGGGAGGCGGCUUCCACCUUUACUGUCACUUAAAUCUAUUGAUCCUAGUGAUUCAUCAAUGGAGGUGGUACUUGUUGAUAGACAAGGUGAUUCACGCCUUAAGGAGCUCGAAGCCAAGGCACGAGAUCUUCAAAAUGCAUCAGAAAAUACGUUAAUGUUGGUGGAGAAGCUUGGCAAACUCGUUUCUAUUUAUAUGGGGGGUGCCUUUCCCGUGGAGCAAGAUGAUCUCCACAGGAACUGGAAAUUGGUUAGUAAAAGAUUGCAGGAUUAUCAGCGGUGUAUUGUGCUCCCCAUUGGCAGCCUAUCCAUGGGUCUUUGUAGGCAUCGUGCCAUUCUUUUCAAGAAGUUGGCAGACUACAUAGGUUUGCCUUGCCGGAUAGCACGCGGUUGCAAGUAUUGUGCAGCAGAUCAUCAGUCUUCAUGCCUUGUCAAAGUUGGAGAUGAUGAGCAGUCAUCAAGGGAAUAUGUCGUUGAUCUAGUUGGGCAACCAGGAAAUGUUCAUGGUCCAGAUUCCUCAAUCAAUGGAGCUUUACUUUCAUCAAUGCCUUCACCGUUGAAGUUUUCUAUUCCAAAAGGUCUCCAGCAACCUUAUAUGGAUAAUGCUUCUUGUAGUCCAUUGCUAAAGGCAGAGCACUCAUGUUCUUUUGCAGAAAAUUCUCUAAAUUCAGCAAAUAUGCUUGCUCUUGAUGACAACCAUAGAAGACGUCCCCUUGCACGCUUGCAGAAAGUUCAACCAUUGUACAAUCAUGACCUGUUUGCAAAUACAAAGCCUCCUAUCUGCUUCCCAAUUGAUAAUGCUAAUGGAAGGUUGGAGUCACCACUGAUGCCUCUGCAAUACAGAGAUGAUAAGGCCAACUGUUUCCAGAGCAACUCAUCAGAAGCUCUAGAUGCUGCUCCUGGAAUGUCAGUGCAUGGGCAUUCCAGACUUAACAGAGACAAAGAUCUUACAUAUGCAACUUGUAAAGAAUCUUUAAUUGGAAAACGAAAUUCAGUUAUGUGCGGUGCAGUUGAACAACCCACAGUACAAUUAUGCAGUCGAAUGGAACUGAGGGAGAUCGAGAGCAAACUUGAGAACCAGGUUGGUUUUGCUAAUGCUACAGUGCCAAGAUAUUUGAAUAUUGAGCCGUCUCUUGCUAUGGAUUGGCUUGAGAUCUCUUGGGAUGAAUUACAAAUAAAGGAGCGCAUUGGUGCUGGCUCAUUCGGGACGGUGCAUCGUGCUGAGUGGCAUGGUUCGGAUGUUGCGGUCAAGGUCCUAACUGUCCAGGAUUUUCAUGAUGAACAGUUGAAGGAGUUCCUGAGAGAGGUUGCAAUAAUGAAACGAAUCCGUCAUCCUAAUGUUGUCCUUUUCAUGGGUGCUGUUACAAAGCGUCCACAUCUGUCCAUAGUGACUGAAUAUUUGCCUAGAGGUAGCCUUUAUCGUCUCAUACACAGGGCAGCUGCUGGUGAGAUCUUUGAUAAAAGGAGGCGGUUACGCAUGGCACUAGAUGUGGCAAAGGGAAUCAAUUAUCUUCAUUGCCUAAACCCUCCUAUAGUUCACUGGGAUCUUAAAUCUCCAAAUCUCUUGGUUGACAAGAAUUGGACAGUGAAGGUAUGUGAUUUUGGAUUGUCCAGGUUCAAGGCAAACACUUUCAUAUCAUCAAAAUCUGUUGCUGGCACGCCUGAGUGGAUGGCUCCAGAAUUUCUUCGUGGAGAGCCCUCAAAUGAGAAAUCUGAUGUUUAUAGUUUUGGAGUGAUCUUAUGGGAGCUUGUAACCAUGCAACAACCAUGGAGUGGACUCAACCCAGUGCAGGUGGUUGGAGCUGUAGCUUUUCAGAAUAGAAGACUUGUUAUCCCAUCGAAUACCUGCCCUAUGUUGGCAUCGCUUAUGGAGUCCUGCUGGGCUGAUGACCCUACCCAGCGUCCCUCUUUAACAAAUAUUGUUAAUUCGCUAAAAAAGUUGCUCAAGUCACCAUCACAAACGAUACAAAUGGGGCCCAGCAAGGAGAACAAUGAGGAGCUUCACCCGGUGUAGAAUUUCCUUUGAGAUUGGUGUCACCAUGCGCUAAAU